GAAAAAGAAGAAAAAAGGAUUCUUACGCAAAUUUUGGGCUUGGAAAUCGAGUUUUUCUAUUUGAUUGAACGGUUCAGUUAAUGAGAUCAGGAAAUCUUAGGCCAGAGCCGCAAACGACGGCGCUCCCGGAAAAGGAGCCGGUGAAAUUGGAGAUCUUGGAGGAUUCUCUCGAGGAAGAACAUGGCCCUCUUAGCAAAAGAUCAAAACCAUCUCCAUAUCUUCAAUAUUGGAAUUUGGAAGCUAAUGUUUAUCCGAUCCCGUCAUCGCGAUUUAAUCCGUUGGAUGAGCCAAGUCCACUUGGCUUGACGCUAAGGAAGAGUCAUUCACUUUUGGAUUUGAUCCAAAUGCGCCUUUCUCUAUCCCAAACCAGUGGCUCAGCUGCCCAAGCUGAAGUCCUGAGCUCUGGAGUAAAAAAGGAGGCUAAACAUGCUGCUGAUAAGCUUAAAGCCUCAAACUUUCCAGCUUCCAUUCUUCGAAUCGGCAAUUGGGAGUAUAAGUCGAGGCAUGAAGGUGAUUUAGUGGCCAAGUGUUAUUUUGCAAAGCACAAGCUUGUUUGGGAGGUAUUGGAAGGUGCGCUUAAGAGUAAGAUUGAAAUACAGUGGUCGGAUAUCAUGGCAAUUAAAGCAAAAUGCCCCGAUGAUGGACCAGGGACUUUAAAUGUUGUGCUGGCAAGACAGCCCCUUUUCUUCCGGGAGUCUAAUCCGCAGCCUAGAAAACACACCUUAUGGCAGGCAACUUCAGAUUUUACUGAUGGCCAAGCUAGCAUGCAUAGACAACACUUUUUGCAGUGCCCCCAAGGGUUGUUAAACAAACAUUUUGAGAAGCUCAUCCAGUGUGACACGCGUUUAAACUGUUUAAGCGGACAACCAGAGAUAGUUUUGGAUUCACCAUAUUUUGAGUCUCGGAAUUUGGCGUUAGAUACCAGUAAAGGAUCUACUACCUCUGGCUUCCAGACUAUAGCAACACCAUCUGCAGCUCAAUCUUUUUCUUUGGAGAUUGAGAAAGGGGAUUCUGCUGGUAUAACCUCGGAAGCUAUGUACAGGGAAGCCCGAUCCCCCAGUUCAGUGAUGGACUCUCGUGCCACUGAAGGAAGUGGAGCUUGUGAAGCAGUGGGUUCAAAACGGGCAAGGAAUUGGGACCAGAUAAAAGUGCCUGGACUUCACCCAUCUAUGUCCAUGAAUGAUCUUAUGAACCAUAUUGAACAGUGUCUUUCGGAACAGAAGACCUUUGGAAAUCCAUCCUCUGAAAAUAGACCAGAGAGCCAGGAAAUGCUAGAGGAAAUUGCACAGUACCUUUUCAGUGACACUCGAUUUAUAACAGCCUCUGAUGAGAAUUCCCUCAUGUCAAGGGUCAAUUCUCUCUGUUGUCUUUUGCAAAAGGAUGGUACAACAGGCACAAAUUCACCGGCUAAAGGGGAAAAUUGUGAUCGGCUUGAUGCAAGAGAUUUCCAGCUAAACAAAACAGUUAAGAGUGAGGCGAAGGAUUGUGAAGGGGAUACAGAAGUCUCUAGUAGCAAGCAGGCACUGGGAAUGCCAAGGAAGGACUCAUUUGGGGACUUGUUGCUUCAUCUUCCCCGAAUUGCAUCACUCCCGAAGUUCUUGUUUAACAUUUCAGAAGAUUGAGAGAAAAAGCUAAUAAGAUAGCUUUCUUGUUUAUCGACUGCAUGAAAUGAUAAAUACAGAGUUUCACGAUCUCCCUCAUGUUAGCAGGAAAUAUGAUGGAUGGCUAUCGUAUCAAAUUUAUGAGGAGGGAUGCUUGGACAAUGGGAUUUAUCUGGAUUUGGAAAA